AUGCGUUCAGGAGUCAGUCGUCGUUACGAGGUGCCGCCGUCCCUACUCUGGAUUCUUGGACUGCGGACGGAUGAACCUGUCACUGUUCUGGGACCCUUGAAACCUCAAGAUUCCGAAGCGGCCGCAAAAUGGACCAGACACGACAUAAACACGACUUCAAAGAUCAAAACCCAAGCAGAACCAAACCUACUUCCUGAAGACAUUACCAAGAACCCUGUGGAUAAUGACCCCAAUAUCAGUACAACGACAAAAAGCACGAAUGAGAUCUACGAAGAUACGACGGAGCGAGCAGGGAUGGACGCCCACGGAGAAUUCAUUGACAGUAACCCCGAGAUGCGGCUGCCCCGGACUGUGAAGCCCCUGCACUAUGUUAUCAAACUGCAGCCAUUCAUCAACGGGAAUACGAGCGUACAUGGCUUCAUGGAAGUGGAAAUUGAGGUUCUGGAACAAACGAGGAACAUCACUUUUCAUGGCGAUAACAUGCAGUGCGAUUUCAACAGUGUGAAGCUGGUGACCUACGACAAAAAGAGGAUAUUAGUAGAUUCAGUAGUUAUUGAUUACAGACAACACUUCAUGGUGUUACAUUUUAACUCUACUCUUGAAGCAAACCGGAGAUACAACUUAUCUAUGUCCUUCAGCUACUAUCUCCUUGAGGAACCAAAAGGUGCUUUCAAGACACAGUUCACCAACAGUGCCGGGAUGCUUAGCGCAGUCGCAAGCACUCUUCUCCAGCCCGUCUACGCCCGGCGAGCUUUCCCUUGCUUCGACGAGCCAGGGCUAAAGGCCACAUUCGAUAUUUACAUACUACGGGAGAAACAUAUGUCAGCCAUAUCAAACAUGCCUCUUCUAGACACCACGCCUGUGGAAGGUCAAGAAGGCUGGGUUGUAGAUCGUUUUAACACGACAGUGCCAAUGUCAACGUAUCAAGUAGCCUUUGUAGUCUCUGAGCUUGGCUAUUUAAACUGUACCAUGCAGCGCGAUGUUCAGAUAAGAGUAUGGGCAAGGCCGGAAUUGCUCCCGCUCACUACCUAUGCCCAGUCCUUGGUGCCGCGCCUCUUCAAGUUCUUUGAAGACUACCUGGGCAUCCAGUACCCGCUGCCUAAGCUCGACAUCGUCACGCUGCCCACCGCCUUCCCCAUCGCCUUCGAAGCGUGGGGGCUGAUUCUGAAUUACAACGAAGACGUGAUCCUGUACGACGCCGAGACCUCGAGCCAGGAGCAUAAAACGAAGCUGGCGACGCUCUUGGCUCAUGAACUCGCCCACCAGUGGUUCGGCAACCUGGUCACGCCCUUCUGGUGGACGGACUUCUGGCUAAGUGAGGGCUUCGCGUCUUAUUUCGCCACACUGGCCUUGCGGGAGGUAGAACCCUCGUGGAAGAUGGAGGAGAGAAUGAUUUUGAGAAUUCUUCACGAGGUUUUCCGCCACGACGGCCUGCUCAACCACCCCGCUCUCAGGAUUCCCCUGUUCAACCCCAGCGAUCCCCACGGGGCCUUUUCCAGGAUCUCGUACCAGAAAGGCGAAUCUAUCAUCAGGAUGAUGAACGGCUUCCUCACCGAAGACUCGUUCCGGAAAGGCAUCGUUAGUUUUCUUCGCGCAAAUAAGUACAAGACAGCAACGACUGAUAAUCUGUGGCAUCACCUAACACGCGCAGCGCACGUGGAUGGUACUCUAUCCAGGAACAUAUCUGUAAAGGAGCUUAUGAACACAUGGUCACUGCAGAUUGGAUAUCCUGUUGUCAAAGUUGUGAGGAGUCCAGAUGGCACAUCAGCCAACGUCACACAGAAGUUGUACCUAGCAAGGGGCCACUUCGACCGAAACGACACCUUCGAUCACAAAUGGUGGAUUCCGCUAACGUACACAUCUCAGAGCGAAGCUGACUUUAACCGAACUCACGACAUAACUUGGAUGAAGGACUCCGAGGGAAGCAUCAGUAUCACGCAUCUUCCCCCGAAGGACCAGUGGGUCAUCUUCAACCUUCAGGAGACGGGCUACUACAGGGUCACCUACGACGACCACAACUGGAAUCUACUUAUUCAACAGCUGAAGAACGACCACAGGGUUAUUGACGUUAAAAACCAAGUUCAGUUGGCAGAUGAUGCAAUGAAUCUUGGAGUUGCGGGUGAACUGUCAUUCAAAGUGGUGCUGGAUCUUAUCAAUUCACUGAAAAAUACAACGGACUUAAAUGGCUUUGUUGUGAUUUCCAACAUUGAGUAUAUGAACCUCAUGCUGUCGUCUACUCCAAUCUAUGAAAAAUUCCAGCAUUUUCUCCUCUCCUUGCUGGCGCCCUUGUAUGCUAAUCUAGGUCUUUCUAACGGAGCUCCAAAGACUUUUGGGUUACACGUCGAAUAUCCUGAAGUAGUCCGUUGGGCCUGUGAGUUCGGGCACCCAGACUGCAUAGCGCGCGCCAAGAAUGUUUACAAACAGUUGAUGAAGGACCCAGAAAAUAGCAGCCUAAUCCCCGAAGUACUGAAGCCUACUGUUUUAUGCACUGCCAUUGCCCGGGGCGGACCAAACGAGUGGGCCUUCGCGUGGUCCCGGUACUUGAAAGUUCCGGAGAAGGAGAAGCAAAAGUACCUCGUCGCCCUCGGCUGCACACGGGACACCUUGAUCCGCGACCAGUUCGUAACCGAGACCCUGGGCAAGAGUCAGCAUCUGCCUGUCUCAGAGGCCUUGCAUGUCAUCAACUCCCUUGGUUCGCACCCCCUCGGAGGACCCACGGGCUGGAGUUUUCUUCAAAGCAACUGGGACGUCGUUACCAAUACGAUCGGCGAACAAUACUAUUUCAUCAAAACUCUCCUUGAGAUGGCCACGCAAUCCUUCAACACGGAAGAGCAACGAGUGAAGGUGCAGGAGUUUCUGCGACUCCACGUGGUCGACGAAGCCGCGACGCAGGUGCUGGACCCGGUGAUCAGCCAGACCGAGAAGAACGUGGCUUGGAUGCAUCGAAGCUACGAGGCGAUAUCACAGUGGCUUGACGAAAACGGCUUCUCUGACAUCAUUAUCUGAGCUAUUGUUGUUACUGUCUUGUUUCCUUCUACAGGCCGUUGAAAUAAUGUAUUUAUAUUUAUUUUUUUCUAAUUAUAAUUUAUUGGGCAGAGCAAACUAAAAGAUGAAAAUUUU